AUGAGCAUUCACUCUCACGUUUUCUUUCUCUCAUUUUCUCUCUUCCUCUCCUCUCCCUUCCACAUUCUAUCCCUCUCCUCUCCCUUCCACAUUCUAUCCCUCUCCUCUCUCUCUCUCCCACAUUCUAUCCCUCUCCUCUCUCUCUCUCUCCCACAUUCAUCCCUCUCCUCUCUCUCUCUCUCUCCCACAUUCUCCCUCUCCUCUCCCACAUUCUCCUCUCCUCUCUCUCCCACAUCCUAUCCCUCUCCUCCUCUCUCUCUCCCGUUCCAUCCUUCUCCUCUCUCUUUCUCUUCCACGUUCUAUCCUCUCCUCUCUUUCUCUUCCACGUUCUAUCCUUCUCCUCUCUUUUCUCUUCCACGUUCCCAUCCCUCUCCUCUCUCUCUCUUUUCUUCCCCCUCCUCUCUCUCUUCCCCAUCCCUCUCCUCUCUCCUUCUCUUCUAUCCCCGCCUCUCUCUCUCUUCCCGUUCUAUCCUUCUCCUCUCUUUCUCUUCCCGUUCUAUCCCUCUCCUCUCCUCUCUCUCUCUCUCUUUCUCUUCCAUGUUCUAUCCCUCUCAUCUCUCCCCUUCCACAUUCUCUAUCCCUCCUCAUUCUCAUCUCUCUCUCCUCCACAUUCUAUCCCCUCCUCUCUCUCUCUCUCUCCCACAUUCUAUCCCUCUCCUCUCUCUCUCUCCCACAUUCUAUCCCUCUCCUCUCCUCUCUCUCCCACGUUCUAUCCUUCUCCUCUCUCUUUCUCUUCCACGUUCUAUCCUUCUCCUCUCUCUUUCUCUUCCACGUUCUAUCCCUCUCCUCUCUCUUUCUCUUCUACGUUCUAUCCCUCUCUCUCUCUCUCUCUUCCACGUUCCAUCCCUCCUCUCUCUCUCUUCCACGUUCUAUCCCUCUCCUCUCUCUCUCUCUUCCACGUUCUAUCCCUCUCUCUCUCUCUUCCUUCUAUCACUCUUCUCUUCCUUCUCUAUCCUCCUCUCUCUUUCUCUUCCACGUUCCAUCCCUCUCCUCUCUUUCUCCACGUUCUAUCCUCUCUCUCUCUUUCUCUUCCACGUUCUAUCCCUCUCAUCUCUCUCUCUCUUCCCGUUCUAUCCCUCUCAUCUCUCUCUCUCUUCCACGUUCUAUCCCUCUCCUCUCUCUUUCUCUUCCACGUUCUAUCCCUCUCCUCUCUCUUUUCUUCCACGUUCUAUCCUUCUCCUCUCUCUUCCACGUUCUAUCCUUCUCUCUCUCUCUCUUCCACGUUCUAUCCUUCGCCUCUCUUUUCUUCCACGUUCUAUCCUCUCCUCUCUCUUUCUCUUCCCAUUCUAUCCCUCUCUCUCUCUCUUCCACGUUCCCUAUCCUUCUCCCUCUCUUUCUCUUUCCUUCUCCUCUCUCUUUCUCUUCCAUUCUAUCCCUCUCCUCUCUCUCUCUCUUCCACGUUCCAUCCCUCUCCUCUCUCUCUCUUCCACAUUCUAUCCCUCUCCCUCUCUCUCUUCCACGUUCUCCAUCUCCUCUCUCUUUCUCUUCCACGUUCCAUCCUCCUCUCUCUCUCUCUUCCACGUUCUCAUCCCUCUCUCUCUCUCUCUUCCAUGUUCUAUCAUUCUCCUCUCUCUUUCUCUUCCACGUUCUAUCCCUCUCCUCUCUCUCUCUCUUCCACGUUCUAUCCUUCUCCUCUCUCUCUCUCUUCCACGUUCUAUCCCUCUCCUCUCUCUUUCUCUUCCACGUUCUAUCCUCUCUCUCUCUUCCACGUUCUAUCCCUCCCUCUCUCUCUUCCACGUUCUAUCCUUCUCCUCUCUCUCUCUUCCACGUAUCCCUCUCCUCUCUCUCUCUCUUCCACGUUCUAUCCCUCUCCUCUCUCUCUCUCUUCCACGUUCUAUCCCUCUCCUCUCUCUCUCUUCUCUUCCACGUUCUCUCCUCUCUCUCUCUCUCUCUUCCUAUUCUAUCUCCUCUCUCUCUCUCUUCCACGUUCUAUCCUUCUCCUCUCUCUUUCUCUUCCACGUUCUAUCCCUCUCCUCUCUCUCUCUCUUCCACGUUCUAUCCCUCUCCUCUCUCUCUCUCUUCCACGUUCUAUCCCUCUCCUGUCUCUCUCUCACAUAG